AUGGCAGAUUUUAACCUCACCUCAUCUGACCUUUCAACAUUCAUCCUAAUGGGCAUCCCUGGCCUAGAAGUUGCUCACAUUUGGAUUUCCAUUCCUUUCUCUAUGCUCUAUGUAAUCAGCCUGUUGGGAAAUUCCAUGGUUCUCUUUGUUGUAGGUAAAGAGCAGACCCUGCACAAGCCGAUGUACCUGCUACUUUGCAUGCUGGCGCUCACAGACAUCGCCAUGUCUACUUCCGUCAUACCGAUGACACUGUGUAUAUUUUGGUUCAAUUUGAAAGGCAUUACUGUGGGUGGCUGUCUCACCCAGAUGUUCUUUCUUCACAUGGUUUCUAUUAUGCAGUCAGCUGUCCUCGUGACAAUGGCCUUCGAUCGCUAUGUCGCCAUAUGUAACCCUCUGAGAUAUGCCACCAUCCUCACCAAUCUUCGAAUAGUUAAGCUAGGGCUUGUGGGUUUGAUAAGAGCUGUUCUCUUAAUUCUGCCCCUUCCCCUGCUUCUCAGUAGGCAGCCAUUCUGUGCUAACCACAUUAUCCCCCACACGUACUGUGAGCAUAUAGCUGUGGUGAAGAUGUCAUGUGGGGACACCACUGUGAACAGGACAUACAGCUUGGUGACGGCAUUUGUAGUCACUGGUUUAGAUCUGACACUGGUUGCCCUGUCCUACAGUCUGAUCAUCAGGGCCGUCCUCAGAAUCUCCUCCAAAAAAGCCCUCAACACCUGCACAGCCCAUAUCUGUGUGAUAAUGACGUCUUUUACUCUCUUCUUUUUCUCUACUCUGACACACCGGUUUGGUAAGCACAUCACUGUCCAAGUUCACAUCAUUUUGGCCAACCUCUUGUUCCUCAUCCCCCCCAUACUCAACCCGAUCAUUUAUGGGGUCAAAACCAAAGAGCUUCAUGACAAAUUGGUCAAAUACACCUGCAGAAGGUGA